AUGACCAUGCAAGCCUUACACAAACUUGCUUUUCAAGUCGAUAAGUAUGGUGGAAAGCGCACGUUCAAACCGUUCUACACGAGGAAUACAUUCCGCGUGGAGACGAUGGGCUGGCAACAAGAUUUGCCCUUCAUGGCUCUACCUACCGAAAUCCGUCUCAACAUUUACGACUUUGUCUUCUUAGCACAGCCAGCUACCGGAAAGAGUAAUCUAACCAUCCUCGCCACAUGUCGUCAAGUACACGGCGAGGCGGUUGUAAAGGCUUUGAAGAUGACUUGUUUUCAUCUUAGUCAUACUUCAGGUCUGGAGUUUGAGUCCAGAUUGCGACGUCUCGGCCCUUUACAACAACAUCUUCGACACAUACAAGUUCGUAUACCCAUACAGCAGCUGAGCGCCCGCAGUGCGACAAACCCUUUCAUCCUCACGCAAUUGCCGCUCGACAUCCUGCAUAUCGACCUCGGAGAAAUCGAUUGCACAGAUCACUGGCUACGAGAGAAUUAUGUGUACCAGCGUCUCAUCUCCGCAAUGCUAUAUCAGACACCCCCAAGUACCACGGGGUCGCAGACCAUCUCUCUCCAUCAGUCAGUUGUGGACAAAUGCACGCGUAUCAUUGCUGGCACGUUGCUGCAGACUUGGGCAACGAAGAAACACCUGCACCAUCUGCUCUUUACCAUGAAGACGAAGCGUGUAUUGCUAGAGUGCUCAAACGAUGGAAAAGACAUGCUUUGGUCGGCCUGCGCGCAUUUUGGCUUGAUAAAUGACUGCCGCGGUAUUUUCCGCCAACAUGAUGGUGGGGACGAGCACUAUAUUAUGUUUGGCGACGACAAUGACAAAAACUUCCUCAAGAUGGGUCAGUGGUCGCCGCGGGGUCGGUCAUGA